AGACGAUGACAUCUCCAAAGUUUCUCUUGUAUCUGGCCUUUUUCUUCUUGGGAGAAAUGGCUCAUAUGUCUGUUCAGGAAUUGUCAUCUGUUCGUCAAGAGAGACGUUUUGUAUCAGCUAGUGUUGGAGACAAGGUAACUCUGGGAUGUUUCUGUGAAGGUGAAGCUGCAUGGCUUUACUGGUAUAAGCAAACUCUGGGACAGAAACCAAGACUCAUCUCAACCUUCUAUAUGUAUGGUAUAAGAAUCACUUUUUAUAAUGAAUUUAAGAACAAUUCACGCUUCACAUUGGAUCCUAAAGACAACAACUUGACAAUUUUUGAUUUAAACAUCUCAGACUCGGCUACUUACUACUGUGCAACUAGCAAUGCAGUUGUCUUGGACUUUGCAGAGGGCACUAUUAUCAAUGUAAAAGGUUCAGGUUUGAAGGACCCAGCUACGGUCCAUCAGUCAGCGUCUGAGAGCAUCCAGCCAGGAGGCUCUGUGACUCUGGACUGUACAGUACAUACUGGGACCUGUGAUGGAGAACACAGUGUUUACUGGUUCAAGAACACGGAAGAAUCUCAGCAAGGACUCGUUUACACCCAUGGAGGCAGGAAUGAUCAGUGUGAGAGGAAAAACAACACACAAACACACACCUGUGUCUACAAGCUACCGAUGAAGAGUCUGAAUCUUUCUCAUACUGGGACCUACUACUGUGCUGUUGCCUCAUGUGGACACAUUCUGUUUGGAAACGGGACCAAGCUGGACUUAGAAGAUAAGGUGGACUCUCUUGUCUAUGUGUAUUUCUUGAUUGGUGCUUUAACAUUCACCACCCUCCUGGUUGUUUUACUGGCUUCCUCACUUUUCAAGAUGAACCAGAGAAACCGCUGCCAAUGUACAGAGUCUCAAGCAAGAUUAUCGUCUCCCUCCACAGCAAAUGCAGAGGGUUUCAGAGAUGCGGACAGCCUUCAUUAUGCUGCUUUAAGUGUCAACCUGCCCAACAGAUCAAGAAGACAAAGAAACAACACCAAUGAUGACUGUGUGUACUCUGGUCUAAAGCAGUAGUCCUUUUUCAAAAAACUUGAGUUCAUAUUUAUUUGCAGACCUGUAGGCCUUUUUAUACAUAAAAGUGUUUCCUAACCUAUACCAAGUGAAUUAGUUGCCUAACCCUACAUACCCUUUCUCUUAUUUUUUUUGCAUAACCGUGAUCUCUUUCGAAUAUUAAUCAUAACAUAGCUCCGAUGCAUAUAUCUUGUAGAAAGCAAGACAUUUAAAAACAUUGCCAUUGAAUGUAACAGUGUUAUCUGGAGUCAUGGAAUUUGAGGAAUAAGCAUGUUCAACUCAA